AAUUGUUUACGAUAAUAAAAAAAAGAGUCAAACAGAAUUGUAUUGUUUAUUCUUAAACCAAAGAUGAAUUCUUCGGAAUUUAAAGAUACAGUUUGUCGCAUUUGUUUGGAUGAAAAUAUAGCUUUAGAUUGGAAUAAUACAUUGACUGAACAUGGCGAUAUAACAUACAAAGAUUGUUACUACAAAUAUACACAAUUGGAAUGCAUUGAAACUGAUCCUUUUUCCUGUAUGUUAUGCCAAAAAUGUUCAAAUGGCUUAAAAUAUAUACACAAUUUAAUUUUAAAAGCUCUAGAUUCCUAUAACUUCCUGCUGGAUGUAAAUAGCAUUCAUAAUGAAGUGGAUAUUUAUAGCCAAGAUGACCCUGUGUUCAUUGAGGAUAUAACAGAUAUUGCAGAAAAAGAUGUAAAUUGUGAUUCGACUAAUUUUGAAACAGUUCUAGUAGAAAAAAUCGAUACAGAAUCCGUUGAUUAUUUUCAUAGUGAACAUUCCGAUGAUAAUGAUAUGACAUACAAUUAUUCUCCUGUAGAAAUCCAAAGAUCUUUUGACACUGAAAAUAAUGUGGAAUGUGAUAUUGAUUUAGCUUUAAAAACAGAGUAUUCAGAAUGCGAGGAGCCAAUAUCCACGCAAGGAGCGUGUGCCAUAACUAAAGGAAAAAAUAAUACCUCUGGUAACCAGUGCAAAAGCAAAACAGUGAAAAAAUGUCAAAAAUCUCCAAGAAAAGGUCGUUUUAAAAAAGUAACUUCUGAAACUGAUGCAUUUGAUGAUCAAAAUCUAAAAAUGAAAAAUAAAUAUGAUACGCCGAGUAUGUGUUCUAUAUGCUCUAAGAUUUUAAACAACAAAUAUACAUUGCAAAAACAUGAAAGAACACAUGCCGUAAAUCGUGAACGUAAGGUUUCUUGUCCUGAAUGUGGCGUUAAAUUUUUCGACAAAAAUUAUCUCAAAUCUCAUAUGCGAAUUCACAAUGAAAAUCGAAUAAAGAGACAUAAGUGUGAAUUUUGCGGUAAAGCCUUUUUUGAGAAGGGUGGACUCAAUGUCCACAGACGUAUACAUUUGGGACAAAUGAUACCCUGCACUUUGUGUUCAAAAGAAUUUUUCCGCAAAGUCGACUUGGAAAUACACAUGAAUUCGCAUUCAGCGGUAUCGAUAAAUUCAAAUGGUAAAAAGAGGUCCAGAUACUGGGUGCGCUGCAAGUAUUGUGAUAAAAACAUUCUAAGCACCAGUUUUAAAUCUCAUACAGCCGCUCACUUAAAUGAACCUUUAAUGAAGUGCACUAUAUGUGAUAAGGAAUUUUUCCGAAGAGAUUGCUGUACACAACAUGUAAGACAAAUCCAUAAAAAAUCGAAUGAAGAAUAUGAUAAAUUUAUUAUAACUUAUAAUAAAAAUCGUUUAUCACAUUUAUUUUUAGAGCAAACGGCUGAUAUACAACCUGAUGAUAAAUAAUAUGAAAAAAAUCAAAAUUUUCUACUGUUACUGUUUAACUUACUAUUUAAAGAUUACUUUGUUAAACAUACAAAUAUUUCGUUUUAUUUAUAAAAUAAUAUGAUAGAUAGUUUAAUAAAAAAAUAAUGAUUUUGAAGGUAA